AUGCUUGGUUUCUUUCUUUCUUUCUUUCUUCCUAACGUCUUUCUUUCUUUCUUUCUAACGUCUUUCUUUCUUUUUUUCUUCACUUUUCUUUCUAUUCCCUACGUUUUUCCUUUUUCUUUCUUUUCUUUUUUCUUACCUCCUUUCUUGUUUUCUCAAUUCAGUCCUCGUUUCUCUUUUCUUUAUCCAUUUUUUUGCUUCUUUAUCCAUUGCUUGUUCCUAGCAUCUAUUUCUUCUUUCUUUCUUUCUUUCUUUCUUUCUUUCUUUCUUUCUUUUUCUGCUCUUUUCUUUCUUUCUUUCUUGUUUGUUUUUUGUUUCUUUAUAUCUUUUGCCUUUCCUUUUUUAGUAUCUCUCUUGCUUCUUCGUAGCGUCUUUUUUCACCUUUUUUUUUUUUUUCUAAACGUUUUCUUUCAUUCUUUCAUUGAUUUUCCUACUCUCUCCUUUACUUUUCCUACUGUCGUCUUUCUUUCUUUCUUUCUUUUCUCUUUGUUUUUCACUUCUUUAUCCAUUUCUUUAGUCUUUCUUUUCUAUCCUUUUUUUCAUUUUAUCUUUUUCUUACAAGUUAAACUUCUUUCUUUCUUUCAGUCUUUUUUUUCUCUCUUUGCUUUCUUUUUUCUUUUUCUUUCUUUCUUUUUCCCAUCUUUCUUCCUGUCUUUCUUUUUUUUCUCUUUGCUUUCCUUCUUUUUUCUUUCUUUUUCUUAUCUUUCUUUUCUUUUAAUUCUCUCUUUUCUUUCUUUUCUUUUUGCUUCUUUUUUUUCUUUCUUUUUUCUUUCUUUCUUUUUCUUUUUUCUAAAGUCUUUCUUUUUCUUUCUAACGUCUUUCUUUUUCUUUCUUCUUUCUUUCUGUUUUCCUUCUUUUUUUCUAUCUUUCUUUUUUCUUUUUUCUUUUUUCUUUUUUCUUUUUUCUUUCUUUCAUUCAAACAUCUUUCUUUUUUCUUUUUAUCUUUUUUCUUUCUUUCUGUCUUUCUUUCUUUCUAACGUCUGUCUCUCUUUUCAGCUUUUCCUACACUCAUUCUUUUCCUUUCUUUCCAUUCUGUCUCCUUUCUUUCUUUCUUUUUCUUUUUUUUUUUUACUUUAUUCUGUCAAAUUCUUUAAAUCUUUCCCUUCUUUUUGCUACUCCAUUUUGAAAGACACUUCAAUAUAUUCAUAA